AUGACUCCAUACUUUGAAAUUCUAAUUGGUUUAUCAGUGAUAGUGUACUUAUUCUAUCAUUAUCUAACCAGAAAUUUUGAUUAUUGGAAGAAACAAAAUGUAACGGGACCGAAGCCAAUUCCAUAUUUUGGCACUUUCAAAGAUGUUGCUUUUCACAAAAUACAUAGCGCUGACUUUAUAAAACUCAUUUACGAUGCGCAUUGCAGUGAACCUGCUGUUGGUUUAUUUCAGGGAAGCAAACCAGUAUUACUACUCAUAGAUCCAGAAAUGAUUAAAGAUGUGCUUAUAAGACAUUUCACGGCUUUUCCAAACCGUGGUGGAAAGAUUAACUUUGAUAUUGAUCCUUUGGCAGAGCAGCUCUUACAUUUACAUUACGAAAGAUGGAAACCGAUGCGCAAAAAAUUGUCACCUACCUUUACUUCCGGAAAAAUUAAGGAAAUGUUUUACUUGAUAAAUGAGUGUGCUCAACAUUUUGUCGAGUAUAUGGAAAGAUUGGUUUCCAAGAAUGAAAUAGUGGAAUGUCGUAAACUAGCGGCUAAAUACACGAUCGACGUUAUAGGAGUAUGUGCUUUCGGCUUGCAUACCAAUUCAUUAAACGACUCGGACAGCGACUUUCUUAAAUACGGACUUGCACAGUUCGCCAAUAAUUGGUCUAAUCUAGUUCGACGUACUGUUAGAUCGCUACCAGGCUGGGCGGCCAAACCUUUCAAGCCUUUCGCCCGAAAUGACGAGGUUAUCAAUUUUUUCGUCAAUACUAUUACAAAUGCGAUAGAACAUAGAAAGAAAAUUAAUAUUCGAAGAAACGACUUCGUCGAUCUACUGAGAGACUUGAAGGAUAAUCCUGAUCAAAUCGAGGGAGAAAGUAUGGACGUUUACACAAUUGUGUUUGUAAUGCUUUUUAUUUUAUCCCAUGUUGCAGAAAUGACAGAUAUUAUAUUGACUGCGCAAGCUUUCGCUUUCUUUUUGGCUGGAUUCGAAACUUCAUCGUCGACUAUUAGCCACGUCAUGUACGAGUUGGCUUUCAAUCAUCAUAUACAAAAUAAAUUACGGGCAGAAAUACAAGCUGUUGCGUCUGCAAAUGACGACCAGUUGUCUUUCGAAAUUGUCAACGCUAUGACAUAUCUGGACAAAGUUGUUAAAGAAACUUUACGAAAGUACACUCCUGGACUCAGUCUGAUUAGAGUAGCUGUAAGAGAUCACACCUUUGGCAGUAGUAAAAUUUCAGUAAGCAAGGGAACCACUGUUAUUAUUCCCGUAGACGCUAUACAUCACGAUCCGCGAAUUUAUCCGAAUCCCGAGAAAUUUGAUCCAGAAAGAUUCAUCGAAACGAAUGAAAAUUCAAGGCCCCAAAUGAGCUAUCUUCCUUUCAGUGACGGCCCGCGUAAUUGUAUUGGAGAGCGAUUUGGUCUAAUCCAAACGAAGCUUGGGAUCAUCGCUAUGGUCAAACAUUUUCGGAUUGACGUAUGCGAAAAGACUUUCAAAGUAUACAAAAAAGCCAACACCGUUCUUUUAUCUCCUUUGGACGGCAUAUAUUUGAAAAUAAAAUCAUCAACGAUGGAGUUCUCGUUAUACGAAAUCGUAUCGGGAGUCGCUAUGACAUUGUAUCUCGUACGCUGCUGGCUGACAAAAACCUUUGAUUACUGGAGAAAACGUAAUGUCGUGGGGCCGAGACCAUUACCUAUUUUCGGAACAUUUAAAGACGUUGCUUUAAAUAGAAUUCACGCCGUCGAUUACGUAAAUUCAAUUUACAAUGCCUAUCCUGGUGAGACAUCAGUCGGUCUAUUUUAUCGUAGCAUACCAGUUUUGCUGAUGAAAGAUCCGAAUAUGAUAAAGGAUGCGCUGAUCAAAAAUUUUUUGACUUUUCCUAAUCGCGGUUUGAAAAUCUACGAGGACAUCGAACCACUUGCACAACAUUUGAUAUUUUUGGAUUACAAAAGAUGGAAACCGCUCCGCCGGAAAUUGGCACCAGCGUUUACUUCGAAGAAAGUCGAAGAAAUAUUUUAUUUGGUCGAUGAUUGCGCUCAACAGCUCAUCGACUAUAUAGACAUUUUAGUGGCAAAAGAGGAAUCGAUCGAUUGUCGAGAGCUUGCAGCAAAAUUCAUUAUUGACGUCAUCGGCGUUCAUGCUUUUGGCUUCGACAUGAAUACAAUGGACGACAAAGUUGGUCAGUUCAGAAAAAUUGUACGAGAACUGUUUGCUGAUAGUUGGAAAAAUAAAUUAAGACUCUUGAAUCGAAGAUUACCGUACUGGGUAGCAGCUACAUUGAAGCCAAUUUUUCGCAAUGAAAAGAUUAUUAAUUUCUUUGUUGAUACUGUUAAAAGUACAAUGGACUACAGAAAGGCAAAUAAUUUAAAACGAAAUGACUUUAUCGACCACUUGAUGAAUUUAAAGGAUCGUCCUGACCAAAGCGGCUCCGGAAAUGUGUCGGAUAUACUUCUGACUGCUCAAGCGUUUGCUUUCUUCGUUGCUGGAUUUGAGUCAUCAUAUAUAACAAUUAGUAAUGCAAUGUACGAAUUGGCAUUGAACACUGAUAUACAAGAAAAACUACGCCAAGAAGUUAACAUUGCUUAUAAUAAAGAUAAUGGGAAACUAAAUUAUGAAACAGUCAAAAAUAUGAAGUAUCUUGAUCAAGUAUUUCAAGAAACACUACGUAAAUAUCCACCAGUAUUUGGACUUUUGAGGGAAGCCGUAGAUGAUCACAUGUUUGAGGAAAGCAGAAUUAUGAUAACCAAAGGCACGAAAAUUUUCAUCCCAAUUUACGCUAUUCAUCAUGAUCCAAAUAUUUACCCUGAACCCGAAAAAUUUGAUCCAAAAAGAUUUGACGAAGAAUUAGUCAAAUCAAGACCCCAGAUGACCUUUCUACCUUUCGGUGAUGGACCCCGAAAUUGCAUCGGUGAGCAGUUCGCUCACAAUCAAAUUAAAUUAGGACUGGCAGCUACAAUUAAGCAUUAUACAUUGGAUGUUUGCGAUAAAACUUGCAAUCAGUAUGUAAAAAGACCUCGAUUUUUCUUAAUUGUACCAAAGAAUGGUUUGUUCUUGAAAAUAAAAAGGCUGUGAUGGUAUCAUAACUUCAGCUUAAUGUAAAAUAUUGAUACUAUUACAAGUUCAUAUGC